AUGGAAUUUCCGGAUACGAAUUUUAGAAUUCUCGCGCGGAAAACAAGAUCAGGAGCCUCUGGCAAGAAAGUUAGUGGGGUUUUAAUAGGGAAAAUAGGAGAUAGUGAAGAACGCAAUAUUCUACACUUGCAUUACAAAGGGGCUGCAUCAACAAUAUUGAAAAUGUGUUCACACUUUUAUGAUACCAAAGGGAAAAGACAUGACAUGAAUAAUAUAUCUCAAAAACGAUUAAUGUUUGAGAAAGUGAUUGAGGAUAUGGAACACAAUGGUCUUAGACCCUUUGCAUUUGCUUGUGGACAAACAGAUAUUGAGGAAAUUAAAGAAGAUACUGGAUUGGACUUGUUGGCAAUUAUAGGUCUGAAAUACCAUUGUCAGAAUGAGAUCAAGUCCGAGAUGGAAGCUUUGAGAAAAGCUGGAGUAACUAUUAAAAUGGUAUCAGAUGAUGAGUUACCAGCAGUAAAAGCCAUAGCUUGGGAGCUAGGAUUAUUCUCUAGCCAGAGUUCAAACAUUAAUGUGGCUAUGGAAGGUCAAGAAAUUCGAGAAAUGACUGAGUCAUCAUCAAGGAUCGAGAAGGUAAAUCAGACUACUGUGAUGGGAAAUUGUCUCCCUAAUAACAAGUUUCUCAUGGUGGAGGACUUAAAGAAAAAUGGUCAUGUUGUUGCAUUCUAUGGAAGCUUGACUGCAAGGGAUGCUCCAGCUCUAAAAAGUUGUGAUAUAGUAAUCACGGAGAAUUUCAGGUGCACUGAAAUGGCGAGAGAGCUUUCUGAUAUUUCCAUCAAUGAUAUGUCAUCAUUGAGUCUGAUUUUCAAGUAUGGUAGAUGUGCUUACCACAACAUCCAGAAGUUCUUUCAGCUUCAACUCACCGCCUUGAUAUCCGCGUUGAUAAUAUCCUUUGCCUUCACCAUACAUUCCGGGGACUCCCCAUUAACAGCAUUGCAAUUGAUAUGGACGAAUUUGAUUAUUUACCUUCUCGGCGGCUUCAUGAUGGUGAUGAACUUGGAGGGUGAUACGUCCCAGAUCAGCCUGCUGCUAAGAGGAAUCAAUCACUUUUUGGGGGAACAAGGGGUGAGGAAAACCAUGAUCUUUGAUACUUUCAUCCUCUGCCAAAUUUUCAAUCAUUUCAAUGUGAUAGACUUGGUAAAGAAGGAAGUGUUAAAGGUUGUCUUCCACAAAUACUACUGUUUUCUGGUAGCUUUGGGGACUGUUAUGGUCAUGCACAUAUUGAUUGUUGAGGUUGGAAAAGAUGUAGCCAGUUGUGUGAGACUGAAUGCAGUGCAAUGGACUUUCUGUUUCCUUCUUGCUGCUUUUUCAUGGGGUUUUGAUUGGGCAAUGAAACAGGUUUUGGCUUCCCUUCAAAGUUAUAUAUAA